AUGCGUUUCACCAACGUUCUUGUAGCAUUGGGCAGUGUUGCCAGUGUUGUCAGCGCGUUCCAAGGAGUCAGUGACAGCAGCAAUCUUGAAAUCGCCGACGACAAUGCCUAUUACGAUGCAGCAACCACACUAAUCCCUGUGCGACUCGAUGCGCGGGCUGAUAAAAAGGGAGGCAAGAAGGGACCCAAGAAGGGAGAUACCACUUCCAGCAGCAAGGCCAAGGCAGCCGUUGCAACGACCACUACCACCAGUCAGGCCAAGGUAGCCGUUGCAACGACCGCUACCACCAGCACGGCCAAGGCAGCCGUUGCAACGACCGCAACCACCACUAGCGAUGCAGCUACAGCCAGUGCCUGCGCCAUCAAAAGGUCCCGGAGGCUUCGGUUCAUGCCAAGGGCCUUUAACGAACUUGAAAAGUCCCCAAAACAGCCCGAAUCAGAUGGGUCUUACAACUUGUUGGAAAAUCAGUGGGUCCCUGCAUCGGCACUCAAGUCUGGCGAUAAGGUGGCCGUCACAGACAUUACCGGAUGCUCUGCCGUCUUUCUCUGGAAUAAGGACAAUCUGCCCUCCGUCUUCCACAUCUUUUGUGAGGCCGGCGCCAAAGAGGCGCCGAUUAUGGCCCAACGAGUGGGUGAUUUGGGCCUGAAGAACACGCCAGUCGCCGUCACCAUCGCAGCCAGGGACAAAGGCGAAGCAGACAUAAUCAAGAAGGCGGUUGAGGCCGAGUUUGGCCCAGACUGUGAUCCUGAUGGUAAAGGUCUGACGGAUGACGACUUCGAGAUCACGGUCUAUGACAACAGUACCCCUCAAGGCCGUCUUCCGACUGAGGCCUUCCGAUUCGACGCCGUGGCUGGAACCAGGAAAGUGACACAGAGCAAAGAGCCAAAGAAAUCUAAACAAUCUCGGUCAUUUGCAAGCUACUUUUAG